AUGGAAAAUACAACCGACAGACAGAAGAAGAAAAAAGUUGUGGCAGUUGUAGGAGGUGGACUGGUUGGUGCAUUGAACGCCUGCUUCUUUGCCAAAAGAGGCUUUGAUGUCCAUGUGUUUGAAACUCGCAAUGAUAUACGGAAUGCAAAAAUCGUCAAAGGGAGAAGUAUCAACCUGGCUCUGUCACACAGAGGCCGACAGUCACUCAAGCAUGUUGGAAUGGAGGAGAAGAUUGUUUCUCAGGGGAUCCCCAUGCAUGCAAGAAUGAUCCAUUCACUAAAUGGCACUCAAUCUCCAAUUCCGUAUGGCAAAAAGGGCCAGUAUAUCCUGUCAGUAGACCGUGCCAAUCUGAACAAAGAACUCCUAACAGAAGCCGAGACAUAUGCAAACACAAAGUUGAACUUUGACUACAAACUACAGGACUGGAGUGCUGAAUCAGGGUUAAUGACCUUUAUCAGGCCAGACGGCUCCAAAGAACAUAUAGAAGCAGACCUCAUUGUGGGUUGUGACGGAGCCUUUUCAGCUGUUCGCAAGCAAUUCCUUCGUCAAAGCCGCUUUAACUACAGUCAGACUUACAUCCCUCAUGGCUACAUGGAGCUCACCAUGCCCCCUGUCAAUGAACAGUUUGCCAUGAAGCCCAAUUAUCUCCACAUUUGGCCCCGGAACAAGUUCAUGAUGAUUGCACUCCCCAACUUGGACAAGACUUUCACCUGCACUCUCUUCAUGCCCUUUGAAGAGUUUGAGAAGAUCACCACAGGGGAUGAAGUCAUUGAGUUUUUCCAAAAAUACUUUCCUGACAGCAUACCAUUAAUAGGAGUCGAUGCUCUCAAGAGAGAUUAUUUUCGAUUGCCUGCCCAGGCCAUGGUAUCUGUCAAGUGCUCCCCAUAUCACAUUGGUGACAAAUGUGUCCUUAUGGGUGACGCGGCGCAUGCAGUGGUGCCUUUCUAUGGACAGGGAAUGAAUGCCGGGUUUGAGGAUUGCAAAGUGUUUGAUGAAAUAAUGGAGCAGUUCAAUGAAGAUUUCAGUGCUGUCCUGCCAGAGUAUACCAGAGUGCGAGUUCCUGAUGACCAUGCGAUUGCAGACCUAGCUAUGUACAACUACAUUGAAAUGCGUGCGCAUGUCAACUCCAAAUGGUUCCUUUUCCGAAAGCGUGUCGAUAACAUCCUCCAUUUUCUCAUGCCAAAUACAAUCAUCCCACUUUACACGAUGGUGACAUUCACAAGAACACGGUACCAUGAAGCUGUGAAGCACUGGCACUGGCAAGACAAAGUUAUAAAUUGUGGCCUAUUCUUUGCUGCUACGGGAUCACUUUUGGGAGGCACAUUCCUGCUCAUCAAGAAUCCUCCAGACAUCAACAAGCUCAGCAUUCCUGCUGAGAAAAUGUGGAACAGGCUUACAGCAUUUAGGACCUCCUAA